UACCCACAUACUAUCCUUGAAUGAAACUCCAGGGUUAUUGUGGUUCAAUAAUUCCCAUCGGACGCCUGUGUUUAUAUUCGUAGCCGUAAAUAACAUGUAAUGUUUGUCAUCUUGAAAGCACAUACUUUCAAAUAUGGUCUUGUGAAGUUUCUUCUUUUUCCGUGCGUGAUGUAUUCCACGUGGCCAAAUCCUUUUCGUGUAAUAGGAACUGUAGGAUAAUACUUUGAUAGUGAACAAACCAAAAAGUUAGCCAUCAAAAGCCAUGCCAAGAAUGAGAGAAUUUGCUAUAAACUUCAAUUUAUGUGGAUCUGAUAUGUAGCAAUGUAUUCGACUGUAAAGUUACAAAUAUAGUAGUUAUGCUUAAUUUAUGUUCCAAACAAAACUGUUGUUUAAAUAAACUGCUCCGGAAAAUAUGGAAAGUCAAAUUUUUUGUAGUUUGUAUCAUUUUUACUUUUAUUGUAGGAUGCUUAUUAGCGUUGUCACCUAUAUCUAUAGAUGACUGUCAGUGCCCUGAUAGAGGUUCUGGGAAAACCAUUGAACAUCAUCUCAAAGGUGAUAUUUAUGAUGCAAAUUUGGGACUACCAUCGGCCCAUAAGUUGGCUGUUCUUGUACCUUACCGAGAGAGAUUUGAGGAACUUCUUGCAUUUGCACCAUAUCUUCAUAAUUUUCUAAAUGAACAGGAAGUUAGUCAUCACAUAUACAUCCUGAAUCAGGUAGACCACUAUCGGUUUAAUCGGGCUUCUCUGAUCAACGUGGGUUUCCGUAUAGUACGUGAUGAUUAUGACUAUAUUGCAAUGCAUGAUGUGGAUCUGCUGCCUUUGAAUUCACAGCUGCGAUACAAUUUUCCUGAGACUGGGCCAUUUCAUAUUGCUUCACCUGAUCUGCACCCUCGCUAUCACUAUCCCACUUUUGUUGGUGGAAUCCUGCUCAUUAGAAGAGAACACUUUGAACUUGUCAAUGGUAUGAGCAAUAAAUAUUGGGGAUGGGGUUUGGAAGAUGAUGAGUUCUAUGUCCGACUCAAGGAGGCGGGACUGAAUGUGUCACGGCCAAUUAACGUUACGACAGGCACCGAAAACACUUUCAAGCAUACACAUGAUCGCAUAUAUAGAAAACGUGACAUGACAAAGUGUUUCAACCAGCGUGAUGUAACACGGCGACGUGACCGGCAGACUGGUCUCGCAGAUGUAGCUUACAAGUUGACUGGUAUUCAUAAACUUACAAUAGAUGGAGCACCCAUCACUAUUGUCAAUAUAAUGCUGAGCUGUGACAAAAGGCUUACUCCGUGGUGUGACUGUAGUGACACAGGCGGGAAGAAACACAACAACGGAACAAAUGCACUCAAGUCUGACAGCAAUAAUUUAAAAUAAUAACAUCCUGAAACAGUAAACAGAGCCUCUUACCAGCUUCAAUUUUAUAAUCUGAGAGAACUGUGCCAUGGCAGCAAAAUUACUGUCACUUGUCAGUACAUUUUUGUUUGACUUACUUAUUUACAAACAGACAGUAAGGAAAGAACGGCUGAAACUCGGAGAGUAAUCCGUCUUACGAUAGUAUAUCGUACAAUGUUACCUCCAGAAUGAGCAUUAGAAAUUAAUACUCUACUGUGCAGUGCACAUAGGCCAAAUAUAUAAUGUCUGACUUGAUAUUAGACAUGUGACGAUAAGAAGCAUACAUAGCAUUUUUGAUCAUAUGCUUCUCAAAUUUGAGGAUUGUUAUGUUAUCAUAUUGAAAGAUGUAUGCUGAAAUGGUGCUUUCCCAUUUGAAAAAUGAAAGUUUCCAUAUGGAUAGAAUUAAUCGUGAACUAUUUAAUACAAGCACCUGAAUUUAAAAUCUUCUGUUGAAGGAAGAAUUAAAAUUUAAGCAAAACAGUACUUGAGAUUUAAGGUUUUCAUAGUGGUGAAUAUUUGCAAUGUGGCGUUCUGAGUUAUGAUGCCAUGUAACCAUGUAUGGUUACCAACGUUUUGAGGAUCUGAUCACCUUCACCUACCCUCAAGACCACAGUCUAAAGCUGUAUAUACUUUUCAUAAAUAAAAUCAUCUUGUGGUGAUAAUUUGAAUUUUAAAAAAAAUAACAUAUUUUUAGCUCAAUUUUGAAAGUUUGUGAUGAUGUUGUGUUGUUGAAGCAAAACUGUUUUCUGGACAUUAUCCAUCAUCCAAUAUUAAGUAAAAUCAAUAAAAACCAUGACGUAUCAGAGAUGGAACUCUGUCUCCGAAACGUCAUGGACUACGAUUCCAUUUUGACGCAGCUUGUCGCCCGAGAAGUUUUUUAUCUUAGGCUUUUGUGCCAGGUGUCUAAUGUAUUAUUAGCAUUUGGACUUGAGUCAUGUUAAUAAAGUCUUCUCGGGCUAUCAGCCGUGUUAGUUGGUGAUCAAUCGCCGACAUUUUGAGGAUCAUCUCUGUCCUCGUUUUGAAAGCUGUUGACUGUGUGGCUCGUAGCGCGAACUAGUUUAAAAGUCCAAGACUCGUGCACAUGUCCGAGCGGCGUUUGGUGGGGGAGCGUGGAAUGUGUGGCGUGACAGGGUGUUGUAUGUAACAUUUUGAGGAUGAUGGCAACAGCAGAGUUAACUGAAACAUUGGAUACAGUACAAAAAGUUAAACAGCUUGUGUCCAAAAGCCAAUAUGGUCCAACAGAUUGUUUUCCUAUUCAUUUUAAAGUAUACUACAUUUCCAUUAAAAUUUAGAAAUAAAUAAGUGAGUAAAAGUAAAUUAAAUCAAAGCAGUCCCGUUACAUGCCAUGUAAGUCACUUGGGGGGAGAGAAGGUAUAGCUCCUACUCAUUCUUGACCUUGGCACUAGAUUGGGUGCCAGGCUACGUGGUGUAGCACCCCAGAUGACAGUCACCAUUAUACUUGUUGCCAUGAGAACCUUAAAUCUCACCUAGAUUCCUCACUAUUUGUUCUCCAUCCAUGGGAUGUAAAAUACGUAACAGAAAUGAAUGUAUGUGAAUAUAAUGUGUAGCCAUCUUUUUGGGAAGUGACUGGAGGUUAGUAGCUGAUUUUAAGCUUUCACGGUGAUUCGUUGUUGAUUUGGAUGCAGUAUGGUCAAUGAAAAUUUGAGUUGUAGUGAAGUAUUUUUGAUAAUCAUCUUGGAUUAGAAUGUUGAUCUAUUCCAGCUUUGUAUAUAAUUCUAAAGAUUUUGUUAUAACAGUUUUAAAAUGUAAUUACAAUAGAUGUUUAUGAUCCGUCUCAUGUUCAGAUUUAUAAACUGUAAGCUAAGAGUACUCUGUAACUAUUACUGAGUGGAGUGACCUGAAUUUGUCGAAUAAAAGGUAACCUACUUGCUGGAUGUUUUAAAAGCUCUAAGCACUGGGUUACUGACUCUGUAGGGGGUUAUAAAUAUGGAGGGAGGCUUGUUGGAAGCCUGGAAAUGACAGUUGUAUUCCUGAAAUACUUGGUUUUGUGGUGGGAAUGGGCAGCAGGGAUUGCAUAUGACACAGAAAUUGUAAAGAAGCUAAAUCUGUAUGAACAAGCCAGAAAAUAAUUUAGUCUUUAAUUUUAAUCCUCCCCCCCAGUCACAGUUGAAAUUCUUGUGUCUAACCAGCCACAUCUCAAUGUCAGAAGGUGUAAAUAGUACCUGUUAGGAUCCUAGGGUCUUUGUGCCAUUAGUCAUUAUAUUUUUUAAACCCUCUGUGUUUGUGUUGGCUAUUUUAUAAUAUUUCAUGCUUUUAUUACAAAAUUGGAAAUGCCAUGUAGAUGGCUGUAGCUUCUUUUAUAUUAUUUGUCUUUUAUACUGACUAAUUACCAGGGGUAAUUUGUAAGAUGAUUAAUUUAUUUUUUGUACUAGCUUUAUACAAACUGUCAACACAGUUUUGACUUUGUAACAUAAUUUUAAUGUUUUAUCAUGUGUGUUUUAAUUCAUAAUUCAAUAUCUGUCUAUCUGAGACAUGGGUCAUUCAUAUAAAGUAAUGAAUUCAGUAUGGGUCAUUUAUUUUGUUCUCGUGGUAAUCAUUUGUUUUAUAUGGGGGUAGCAUAUUAAUACACGUAUGUAAAUUUUGAAGAAUUUUGUUUUUCAGUCAGAUAGAUGGGACAGUAUUAUUUCCUGAUAUUAUGUAUUUCACUGUGUGCCCGUAAUUGUUAUAUACAAACAUCUUCAGACUCACCGCCAUGAAGACCUCAAAUCCUACAUGUUUUUAAAACUGUAUACUUCCUAGAGUUUAACCAUGUAAUUUUCUUACAUUUUCUUAAUCUUUCAGUCAAAAUUUCGAAGCUAUCUUCAAAGUCAAUUAAUAUUUUGUGGUUGAUUUAUUAUAUAUACUACAUUCUGAAUGUCCAGUAUAAUGAUUCUCACUCCUGCUCCUUGUUCAGUAGGUCUCCAUUUCAGAUCUCAGCCAGGAACCAUUUGAGGUGUCCCUUGUGGAAAAUUCUGGGCAAAAGUUAUCUAAUUUGGGAUGCUUGAGAUUUUGACCAUGUAGUUAAACAGAAAUCCUAUACAUGGAAAACACACCUCUUGCCCCAUCCAUGCGCGCUACAUGCCCCGCCCAUCUCAUCACCCUGACAAUGCUGGGGGUGGAGUACAGAUUUUUAAGCUCAUCAAUAUGCGGUUUUCUCCAUGUCCCAUCGUCUUCUCUCGUAGGCCCAAAUAUCCUGAACAUCCUAUUCUCAAACAUAAGAAACUAAUAAAUAAAAAAUAGUUAUUUCAUAUCAGAUGAUUAAUUAUGCACUACUCUGUAUAGCACUUCUUCAGCCAUUGAAAUGAAGCUGUAUUAUCAUUUUGUCUCUCAGUUUAUACGUCUUAAGAUAAAAUUCAGUGAUUUCCAGUUGAAGCUUCAGUGGUGUUAUUACUAUUAACAAUCCUUCCUGUCAGUCGUUCUUACUUCGCUACUUAAUUUAUUUUUUUUCUUACCUACUUUCAGUUUAUUCUUUAAUAGUGGUAGUAUAGUUUAAUAGUAAAUCUUGAAAAUGUCUGUAGCCUACACAAAAGCAUUAAUAUUGUUUGGAAGGAUUUUAUGGGACUAUAAUUGGUGUGCUCAUAUGCUGUGUAAAACUGACAUAUUGUAUACUAAAAUUUAAUAGAUUUUUAUUCUUUAUUUUAAUGCUGAAUUGCGAUAACAUAAUUACAGGCAAGCAUGGAUGAUGUGCAUAUAAUAAUAACGUGUUUUAACACGUGUACAAAAAUAAACUGGAUUGUAUGACGAAGAACUAGAUAAUUGCCUAUAUAAAUGAUAUACAAAUGUAAUUGGUAUGUCACAAAAAAUGCAUUCACAGUUCAUAUGAUAAGCGCAGAAUGUGUAAGUACGACACUGCUACAAACCUGCAUCUUGAUAUUACUGACCGACAAUUUGUCUAUUAAUAAAAAUACCUACUUCCUUUAUUAUUAAAGGUGGUUUAUCUGUAACAGUCAAUAUAUCCACACAAAAAAUUAUUAUAUGCAAAAUAUUGAUAUAUUAUGUAAGAUUUUAAGACUUUUAGAGUGUCAUAAUUAAAUAAAUUCUACUCUGACUAUGAACAGUGAUAUAUUAUUGGCAUAAAUGUCCAGUGUUUAUGGAAUUACCAGUACCUUUUUCUAUUUUCAGGGCCUAGAAUUACCUGUUACAUUAAUGUAACCACAAUAUUAAUAAAGUAAUUUGACAGGGAGGAUUUUAAUUAUUGUAAAGAACUGAAUUUCCAUUGGUAGUUCUGUAUACAGAUGUAAACUGACACUGCACUCCUUCAUAUUAACCCUUUGAAGUAUAAAUUAAUUCUGGAAACAGCUUUGUUUCAUAGUUUGACACAAGAACAAGUGUUGGAUCAUCCCACUGAAGAUGGUCUCAAAUGUAAACCACUGUGCAAAUAGAUAAAAAGGGGCAAUCAUACGUGAAAACAACUAAUCUUCAAAGGGUUAAAAUGCAAUUAUGUUUACACAGAAGCAGGUACAUUCCAAAUUGUCACUGGUUUAUGCUAAUAACAUGACAUAUGAUACAAGAAUAAUUUAAAAUUGUGAUUCAUUGUAGUAAUGCAGCAUUGACUAUAUAAGCUUCUGUUACAUGUGUAUAGGUUUCAAUUACAACACAUAUCACAUUUACUCGUGUAAUUUCACAACUCAAAAUUUUGUGGAAGUUAAUAAAUAAUUUUAUUUGGUC